AUGAAGACGACGGCGCUACUGCUACCGACCGUGCUCGUGCAGCGUGUGGUGGCUGGACCACCCACCUGCUUGUACGAAACCGGCCUCGACUAUGCGGGCUUUGAUCUCAUGGACGUCGCCGAGGCGAGCCCGUUCUACUGCUGCACGUGGUGUACUCUCGUGCCGGGCUGCAAGGCCUUUGUGUGGACGCGCGAGACGGAAAGGUGCUGGCUCAAAUCCGAGAAAGGACCGGCGACACCGCACCUGUAUGCGUUUUCCGGUCUUGUUGGCGCCACGCGCUGCUCGGCCAUCAAGGACAACACGGACAUUUCGCCUGGCGCCGACAUUGGCAGCGCGCCGUCGACGAGCCCUGAAGCGUGCUGCAAUCUCUGCGCGCGCCGACCCUCGUGCGGCGCCUUCUCAUGGAUCCCGUGGUCGGGCGGCCACUGCUACUUUAAAGCGGCCAACAUGAGCAGCGAAGAAGCGCCUGCCGCCGGUGUCCGCUCAGCGUUCUUGCUAUCCGAAGGUCCAUAA